GAUGUGGAUCGAAGGAUUCUCGCAAGAGAGCUCACGAGAGUAUAUCGACAAGUUCUUUACUUCGACCUCGAAUCCUUGUCGUGGACAUGGUCUGAAGGUUUACCUUGAUGACCAACCACUGAUUAAUGAACUUGCUAAAACGCCUUUAUUUUGUCUCAUGGUCUGUCACUUAUGGAGCCAAGAGCGUUUGAACACUGAAAUUGCAACUCAAACAGAAUUAUUAGACAGCGUGAAUGUUUUUCUGAUGCACCAUGCCAAUGCCCGAGCAAAAUCAAAAGACGAAAUAACAAAAGAAGAACUAAUCAAAAUCAUUCGUAAGCUGGGUAAGGUUGCUCUAGGUGGUCUAAUAGACGACUCUAAAAAACUAGUCUUCACGCCCCAUGAUUUCCGAAGAGUUCCCGCUAUCCUUAAUAGGGCACGUGAGCUUGGGAUCUUAUCAAAGACGACGAUUCCAACGACAAUGCUCCCACUAUCCCACAAUACGACAUCCACGACCAUUGAGUUUUAUCAUAAACUCGUUCAGGAACACUCCGCUGGGAAAUACCUUGCUGCUAAAACGAAGAAAUAUAUGUUACGACUGAAGAUUUCUAAGUUAGACAGAGUGCUACGAAACAUCAAAGCAAACAUCGGUGACUAUGAGAAUCUCAUCCGAUUUGCUGCUGGCACAGAUAACAGCAUUUGCAUACGAAUAAUGGAGGCGCUCCUUUCCAACCGCUUUUUGGAUGAGAGCGAGCGAUAUCGCAUUCUCCUUGACUGCUCAUCAGAGACCAAGGGUACUCAAGAAAAUGUGUCUUCGUUGGUUCAAAGAUGUGUGCAUGCAGAGAGUAUUGUUCUAAAGUCACCGACUGUCUACACCGUCGUUGGGAUGCAAAAUCUUCCAAAGCAACUUAAACGUCAGGUUAGGACAGUAAAGUUCGAGGGGUCUACUCUAACUACCGACGUGACGAGUGGACUAUGGUCCUGCCUCAAAGACUUUUUGAUGUUAGAUAUUCUCGUCAUCUCAGACUCGUCUCUCAGUUUCCCUCCAUCUCCUCCGGAGCUUCUAUCAGUCACACAGCUAUCAGCUGAGAGAGUGACGUCACAAUGCUACAAAGAAGUGCUCUCAUCGAUACCUGGAGUGAGAGAUAUCGAUGUCUCUAUCGAUGUUACAGAGACGAGCAACACUUUUCAGAUCACCACCGCAUCAAGGCCUAUGAAUCAGACUAAGGCUAUCAACAUGAAUGAACAGUUCUUCGUUCAUAUCAGACUACACGCCUUGCCAGCACUCACCGCAGACAGGAAGAUUGAACCAGCAAUUGGAGGGCUUAGUCUUCUAUUUGAAGACCAAACCGAAAACCAACAGUGGCUGCAUGUGUCCGGGGGGAGGGGCAGAGACGAAGAAGCCUUGGUGGACCUGUUUGUCAAGACUAAACAACUAACGUACUUGAAUGUGGGGAGUGGAGGUGGUACUCUACUAAAAAACAACAACGUCCAGAAUACUCGGCUUGAGAUAGAGCAAUGCCAGCUAUCUAUUGAGAUGACAGAAAAGUUGUGGUCCUGUUUUAGAUCCUUCACCUCGCUGAACCAUCUCACCAUCUCAGACUCCUCUCUCAGUUUCCCUCCAUCUCCUCCUGACCUUCAAUCAGUCACAAACCUAUCAGCCGAGAGAGUGACGUCACAAAGCUAUGAAGGUUUGCUCUCAUCGCUUCCUGGCUUGAGAGUGAUCGAUAUCACUAUCGAUGAUGCAGAGAGAGACAUAUCUCAGAUCACGGCUUGUCUUCGUCGGACCGGAAGACAGCAGCUUACACACAUCGAGCUUACAGCACCGUCAUCACUCCCAUCAGCGAAGACGAGUGUAUCGAGAGAGACGGUAAGAGGACUGGGUCUUCUGAUCAGAGAACAAACCAAGGACCUGCAGCGGCUAUGUCUGUCCGGAGUGAAGUGCUUGGACGAAGAAGACUUGGUUGAACUUGUCGAGUCGUCAACUUUGAAAGCAUUGGAUAGUCUGCAUUUACAAUCUCUUGAUGGUACAUGUUUCGAAUACGAUCGAGAAUCGGGUUUUCAGCUUCCAUCCGUCACAGAGCUAUUAACCGAGAGUGUGACGUCACAAAGCUAUGAAGGUCUGCUCUCAUCGCUUCCUGGCUUGAAAGAGAUCGAUAUCGCUAUCGAUGAUGCAGAGAGAGACAUACCUCAGAUCAUGGCUGGUCUUCGUCGGACCGGAGGACAACAGCUCACACGCAUCAACAUUACAGCCCCGUCACUCCCAUCAGAGAAGCAGAGUGUAUCAAGUGAGACGAUGAGAGGACUGGGUCUUGUGAUCAGAGAACAAACCAAGAACCUGCAGUGGCUUUGUCUAUCCAGAGUAAAGGGCACGGACGAGGGAGACUUGGUUGAACUCGUCGAGUGUUGCAAACAUGUGAAGAUGAUGAAUCAUCUAAUGCUUCUUGGCUGUGGGACAAAGUCAUACGGUAGACUAAGACAUCACAUCACUGGUCUUAACAAGUCAAAGAAGUCACUCAGGGUGAUUUUCUUGCAUCUUCCAUUCGUCACAGAGCUAUCAGCCGAGAGAGUGACGUCACAAAGCUAUGAAGGUCUGCUCUCAUCGCUUCCUGGCUUGAGAGAGAUCGAUAUCACUAUCGAUGAUGCAGAGAGAGACAUACCUCAGAUCACGGCUUGUCUUCGUCGGACCGGAGGACAGCAGCUCACACGCAUCCACCUUACAGCACCGUACUCACUAUCAUCAGAGAAGAACAGAGUAUCGAGAGAGACGAUGAGAGGACUGGGUCUUCUGAUCAGAGAACAAACCAAGAACCUACAGCGGCUAGAAUUGUACUUGGUGAAGUGCACAGACGAGGAAGACUUGGUUUACCUCAUCGAGUGCUGCAGACAUGUGAAGACGAUGUCAGAUGUGGGCUUCUUCAUCAUCUUCAUCAUGAGCGUCAGCGUAGAGAUUUCUUCAAGGCUCUUCAGCCUCGACAACGAAGCUACAUCUCCGCCAUCAAGCCUCCGCAUCUUCAUCGCGUGA